UUCUAGACCAAAACCCCAUUUCCAUUUCAUCACUUGACUUUAAGCUAUUGUUGGUCUUCAACCUCUGCAAACUGCCCAGAAAUCAGAUGGUUAGAAUUUUACUUAUAAAUUAAAAAAUGUUUUCAUAUUCAGUUUCAUUAACAAUUAAGAAACCCUCUUUAAUUCCCAGAAUUUUCUCAACCUUUCGAGCUUUCUCGAGCUUAAAUUCUUCCCAUUUUCUGGGAAACAAUUCAAGCUCUCAAACUGCUGUUACUUCCACCACAACAUGCACCAACUCCAAAUUUCCAGGGGGUUUGGAAGAUAGCAUUUAUGCAAUUCUCACGCUUGAUCGAUGGGAGUCACUGAACCACAUGGAAUAUAGAUUAGCUUCACUUAGACCAGUUCAUGGAAAAUUAGCUUUAAAAUUUCUCGAUUGGGUCCUUAAAAGGCCGGGUUUGGAGUUGAAUCACAUGCUUCAUAUGUAUUGUAUUACAAUUCACAUAAUAGUUAGAGCUAGGAUGUAUGACUACGCAAAGUCACUCUUAAAGCGUGUAUCUUGUUUGGACGUUGAUGUAAGUUCCAUUUUUGGAGCUCUUAUGGGAACAUAUCGACUUUGCCGUUCAAAUCCUUCAGUCUUUGACCUCUUAAUGAGAAUUUAUUUGAAAUUGGGACACGUAGAUGAUGCUCUGGAGACAUUUCAUUUGAUGGCUUCUCGGGGAUUUAAUCCAUCAGUUCAUACUUGCAAUGUGAUCUUAGCUGCAAUACAGCAGCAUCAGGUGGCUUGGGCCUUCUUUAAAAAAAUGCUUGCCAGAAGGAUUUGCCCGGAUGUUAGUACCUUUAACGUGCUCUUGAACAUUUUAUGUGCAGAGGGACAGCUUAAGAAAGCUGAGUAUCUCCUCAGGAGGAUGGAAGAAUCUGGUUAUGUCCCAAAUGUGGUUACGUAUAACACUAUGCUUGGUUGGUAUUGUAAGAAUGGAAGGUAUAAAGCUGUUUGUGACCUUAUGGAUCAGAUGACUUGUAAAGGUAUUGAAGCAGACACAUAUACGUAUAAUAUGCUUAUUGAUAGUUUAUGUAGAAAUAAUAGGAGUGCGAAGGGGUAUCUACUGUUGAAAAGGAUGAGGAAGAAGAAGAUACUACCCAAUGAGGUGACUUAUAAUACUCUUGUUAAUGGGUUUGUCAAGGAAGGGAAGCUUGAAGUUGCUGAUAAAGUUUUUGAGGAUAUGGCGAGGCUCAAUCUUAACCCGAACCAUAUCACCUAUAAUACAUUGCUUGAUGGGCAUUGCAGUCAUGGCAGUUUUCAGGAAGCUUUCAAAGUUCUUUGUAAAAUGGAAGCUGUGGGGCUUGCACCUAACGAAGUCAGCUAUGGGACUUUGUUGAAUGGGCUAUGCAAGCAUGCCAAAUCUGAACUUGCAAGAAGUGUAUUAGAGAGCAUGAAAUCAAAAGGUAUCACGGUUAGCUGCACCAUGUACACAAUGAUGAUGGAUGGGUUUUGUAAAAAUGGGAUGCUCACUGAAGCUGUAGAUUUGCUAGCCGCAAUUUCAAAGGACGGGGCUUGUGCUGAUGUGAUCACAUAUUCUGUGCUAAUCAAUGGAUUCUGUAGGCUAGGAAAGAUGCAUAAUGCGAAGGAAAUAUUAUGUAAGAUGUACAAAGCAGGAAUCCGACCUAACAGGGUCAUAUAUGCAACAAUGAUUUAUAAUGCUUGCAAACAAGGAAGAGUUAAUGAGGCCUUGAAACAUUAUGCAGCCAUGAACUUUGAUGGACACGAAGCUGAUCUUCAAACUUGCAAUUUGUUGGUUUCCUCUCUUUGCAACAGUAAAAUGUUUCAAGAGGCUGAGGAUUUCGUGCAACAUAUGACUAAACCAAGUGCCAGACCUAAUUCUGUAACCUUUGAUUGUAUGAUUGAUGGUUAUUCAAAUUUAGGCAAAGUGUCCAAAGCAUUUUCUUGCUUUGAUGAGAUGAUUAAUCUUGGUCAUGAUCCAAGCCCUUCCACGUAUGGAAGUCUUCUGAAAGGAAUUUGUAGGGGUGGAAACUUCAAGAUAGGGAAAAGAUUUUUCCAGUUGCUGCGUAAUAUUUCUGGUAUGCCCGAUGCUUUUGCCUACAAUACAUUGAUCGCUGCCAUGUGUGAAUCAGGCAGAUUGGCAGAAGCAGUAGACCUCUGCAAUGAAAUGAUCCGAAAUGAUCUUCUUCCUGAGAAUCACACAUAUGUUACUCUUCUGAGUGGUUUGUGUAAAAAGGGGAAAGUUGUUGCUGCACUUCUCUUUCUUGGAAAUUUGACUAGUAGAGGAAUUUUAUAUCCUUGCCAACUGGUAUAUACAAUACUGAUUGAUGCUUCAUUUAAGGCUGGCCAUCUAGACGCUGCUUCCUAUUUAUAUGAAAAUAUGGUGAGGGAAGAGGUCUACCCUGAUGUAGUUGCUGCAAAUGCUAUUAUAGAUGGAUAUUCUAGGAAGGGACAAAUGGUUAAGGCACAUGAAGUUCUGCAGAGGAUGAGUGGAAACUCUUUUCCAAAUUUGGCUUCUUAUAACAUCCUUUUACAUGGGUAUUCAAAGAUGCAGGAACUAUCAAAAUGCUUCAUUUUGUACAAUUCUCUAAAAAGCAAGGGAUUUCUUCCUGAUAAUUUAACACAGCAUUCCCUCAUUCUAGGACUCUGUGAGACACAAGCAGUGGAGCUUGCUGUGAAAUGUUUGAAGAAGAUGAUAUUGGAGGGAAGUAUACCUGAUCAGUUGACAUUUAACAUGCUUAUCAGGAAAUUUUGUGAAAGUAGUGAGAUGGAGAAGGUAUUCGAACUGACUGAUGUGAUGCUGAAAAUAGGAGUGCAAACUGAUAGAACUACCUAUGAUAAUGUCAUCAUUGGACUCACUAAAAAGUCAGCUUUCCAGGAAGUGCAUAUGGUUUUUCAUGAAAUGCUGGGAAAGAGUUAUGUUCCUACACGCAGACAAUAUACAACAUUGAUGAAAGGUUUGCUUAGAGCAAGAGAUAUAGCAGGUGCAUUCAGGCUCAGAGAUGAGAUGGAGGCCCUUGGCGUGAGCUCCUCUGAUGUAGCUGAUAGUGCUAUGGUUAGGGGACUUGUGAAAUGUGGAAAGAUUGACGAUGCAAAAUUGAUUUUUGAUAGCAUACUACGGAACAAUUUGGUUCCAUCUGCUCUCACUUUUACAACUUUGAUGCAUGGGCUUUGCAAAGAGGCCAGGGUCACAGAGGCUCUAAAAUUUCGGGAAAUUAUGGAACAAUAUAAACUAAAACCUGAUGUGAUUUUGUACAAUGUGCUUAUUUCAGGUCUUCAUGCUAAUGGUGAUACUGAUGGGGCUUUUGAAUUGUAUAAAGAGUUGAAACAAAAGGGUCUUUGGGCUAACAUUACUACUUUUGAGAUUCUCAUCAGUGCCGUUCUCGCUAGUAAGGAUCUUGAAAAGGGCGAAAAUCUUUUGAUGGAUAUGCUAGAAAGGGGACUCAUAUCUCAAAUUGGAAGCUCAGAUGACAUGCAGCAGCUUUUGAUAUCUGCUCUGGACACCCUGAAAAUGCUGCGAAAAAAGGCAAAUAGUGGCUAGGUUUAUUAACAAUCAGGCUUGGGCAAAUUAAGUAACAGGAUGCCUGAUCACAGAUAUUUGUCCAAGUUCAUAUUGGUUCUCUUCAAGAGUUCAAGCUGAUCAGGUGGAGACAGCACUGCUACAAUUUGCCUGUUCCUUCUCAUGGCUAUAUGAUGGCUUGAAGACUUGACAGAUACCUUCUAUUAGAUGACAUUCUUCCAAUAUGCUCUACUCUGGCUCUUGGCCUCUUGCAUGCAUGUGGAUCUGAAACAGGUAGAACAACUACCUUGCUGGGCUACUCAGAAUAAGUGGUCGCUGGGUGUAUGUUCUUGAAGACUCAUAUAAUCAGUUGUGGAUGAGGUUAAAUCAGGAUCUGAAGGGGCGAUUGAAUGUGCAGCAUCAAGGUGAAGAGUGAAUUGAUGCUGGUGGUCUCACAAGAGAGUGGUACCAGUUGUCAUUUUGUCAAGGGCUAUCUUUGAUAAGGAAGUGCUACUUUUUACUGCAGUUGGGAAUAAUAUAACCUUCCAGCCAAAUCCUAAUUCUGUCUCCCAGACUGAAAAUCUAUCUUACAUCAUCUAUGUUGGAAGCAUGAAUGAUGUUAAUGAUAGUUCUAGACCUUACUUUUAGCAUGGAUGCAGAUGGGGAGAAACUUAUAACAGACUUGAGCUCUCUCUAUUAUGCUCCCAGUAUAAUUGAACUUUGGAAUUGAAGAAUUUCUGCUUUUGCUGUAUUGUCUUUUUCUGUUGGCUGUUAAAGGUCGCUGAUUAUGAGCUUCAAUCUGAGGGGAGAAAUGUAAAAGUGUUACAGAGGAAACAAAGCACAAGUAUGUUGAUCUUGUUGCUGACCAUAUUUUGACGAAUGCUAUCCAUCCCCAAAUCACUUCAUUCCUUGAAGGUUCUAAUGAUUUUGUGUCUCGGGAGUUGAUUUCUAUUUUCAAUGAUAAAGAGCCUGAACUCCUUAUAGGUGGACUUCCAGAAAUUGACUUGGAUGAUUUGAAGGUCAACACAGAGUAUACUGGCUACACUGUUGCUUCCAAUGUCAAUCAGUGGUUCUGUGAGGUUGCAAGCAGUUUCAGGCUUUCAGCAAGGAAGACAUGGCGAGGCUGCAACAAUUUGUUACUGGAAUGUCAAAGGUGUGCACUGGUUUUGCUGUAUCUUAUGCCAGUUGGUAUGUUGACUUCUGACUUCCCAACUUCCCAUUGACUGCCCAAAAUACCCAGCGUCAGUGUUUUGGUAUUCACUCUUUAUUAUAGAGGAAUUCGCCUUUGCUACAUGCCUACAAUUCAUGGAUUCAAGUGCUAGUACUUUGGCUUCAAUACAGAAGUCAAUACAGAAGUUAAUACUUCUUGGAAACCUAGUAAUUUCAGUCUUGGUUCCAGCUGAGAAAGGAUAGUAUGUAUAAUCAGAUCAGCAGCAACAAGCUAAGUAAUUGCCAAGCAAGGAUCUGUGCUAUCUUGAGUGUUUCAGCCACUCAGUUAGAAGCUUUAGCUGUCCUUAACGUCAAAAACCUUGUUGAAAGUGGCUUGACAGGAAGCAAGAUUUUACCCAACCAUGCGGAAAUAGACUGAAUGAUUAGAGACAAAGCCGGUUCUUAAUAAAAUAUUUGGCGCUAUCAUUAAGCUAAUCCUUAAGUUUAGUGAUGAAUACAUUUCAUACUAUACUAUGUUGUUAAAGUUCCUAGGACCGUAUAAUAUGGUAGAAUUCAUCAUCUGGCAACUACAAAGUACUUCCUUGUAUAUUAUAACCAAAAAUUGACUCCAUUAUACAAUUAUUUGUCGGAGGAAACUUCUAGGUUGA